AUGACCACCUGCAGCCGCCAGUUCACCUCCAGCUCCAUGAAGGGCUCCUGUGGCAUCGGCGGUGGCUCCAGCCGCAUGUCCUCCGUCUUGGCCGGAGGGUCCUGCCGGGCCCCCAGUGCCUAUGGGGGCAUGUCUGUCACCUCCUCCCGCUUCUCCUCUGGUGGAGCCUGUGGGAUGGGGGGUGGCUAUGGUGGCGGCUUCAGCAGCAGCAGCAGCUUUGGUGGGGCCCUGGGUAGUGGUUUCGGUGGUGGCUUUGGUGGUGGUUUUGGUGGUGGCUUUGGUGGUGGCUUUGGCAGUGCCGAUGGUAGCCUCCUCUCUGGCAAUGAGAAGAUCACCAUGCAGAACCUCAACGACCGCCUGGCCUCCUACCUGGACAAGGUGCGCGCUCUGGAGGAGGCCAACACUGACCUGGAGGUGAAGAUCCGUGAUUGGUACCAGAGGCAGCGGCCCAAUGAGAUCAAAGACUACAGCCCCUACUUCAGAACCAUUGAGGAGCUGCGGAGCAAGAUCAUUGCAGCCACCAUGGACAAUGCACAGCCCAUCCUGCAGAUCGACAAUGCCAGGCUGGCAGCUGAUGACUUCAGAACCAAGUAUGAGCAUGAGCUGACCCUGCGCCAGAGCGUGGAGGCCGACAUCAAUGGGCUGCGCAGGGUACUGGAUGAGCUGACUCUGGCUAGGACCGACCUGGAGAUGCAGAUCGAAGGCCUGAAGGAGGAGCUGGCCUACAUGAAGAAGAACCAUGAGGAGGAAAUGCUUGCUCUGCGGGGUCAGACUGGUGGGGACGUCAGCGUGGAGAUGGAUGCUGCUCCUGGUGUGGACCUGAGCCGCAUCCUGAAUGAGAUGCGCGACCAGUAUGAGCAGAUGGCCGAGAAGAACCGCAGGGAUGCCGAGACCUGGUUCCUGAGCAAGACCGAGGAGUUGAACAAAGAAGUGGCUUCUAACAGCGAGCUGAUCCAGAGUGGCCGCAGCGAGGUCUCCGAGCUCCGCCGGGUAUUCCAGGGACUGGAGAUUGAGUUGCAAUCCCAGCUCAGCAUGAAAGCAUCCCUGGAGAACAGCCUGGAGGAGACCAAAGGCCGCUACUGCAUGCAGCUGUCCCAGAUCCAGGGUCUGAUCGGCAACGUGGAGGAGCAGCUGGCACAGCUGCGCUGCGAGAUGGAGCAGCAGAGUCAGGAGUACCAGAUCCUGCUGGAUGUGAAGACUCGGCUGGAGCAGGAGAUUGCCACCUACCGCCGCCUGCUGGAGGGCGAGGAUGCCCAGUGA